UCUGUUCCAGGGGCGAGUGUUAUUAUAAGGCCUAGAAUUUCUAGCAACCUGCAUUGAGGAAAAUAAAACUCUGUUGAGUUACAUAUUUAACAAAUGCUCAUUUGACGCGGUAUCCUGCAAGAACCACAUCCGUAUAAAAAUGGCUGAAUUACCGAUGGGGAAAGGGGUCUCCGCUGGAAAAAUAGCAAGCAACGUACAGAAGAAAAUUACAAGAGCACAGGAGAAGGUUCUCCAAAAGCUUGGAAAGGCAGAUGAGACUAAAGAUCUGGCAUUUGAAGAGGGCGUGAUCAACUUUAAUAAACAGUUGGUGGAAGGUACAAAACUGCAGAAAGACCUUCGGGCCUAUUUGACUGCUGUUAAAGCUAUGCACGAGUCUUCUAGACGUCUGUAUGAGUGCCUGGAUGACAUGUAUGAGACAGAGUGGUACGGCAGAAAGAAAAUGGACGCAGUCGUAGAGGAUUCAGACCUUCUUUGGACAGACUUCCAUCAGAAACUCGUGGACCAUGCUCUAAUAUCAAUGGACACUUACCUGGGCCAGUUUCCGGACAUCAAAGCUCGCAUUGCGAAACGUGACAGGAAGCUUGUUGACUUUGACAGCGCACGACACAACUUUGCUGCAGUAAACAAAGGCAAGAAAAAAGAAGGGGUCAAGAUCACCAAGCCAGCUUCUUUGCUGGAAAGGGCUGCCCCAAGCUGGGCUCAGGGGAUCCUGUCCGCCCAUAAUGUGGCUCAAACCAGUCUCUCCAGGAGUCAGGCAGAGGAGGAGCUGGAGAGGGCACAGAAAGUCUUUGAGGAAAUUAAUAUAGAUUUGCAGGAGGAACUGCCAUCUCUGUGGAACAGUCGUGUUGGCUUUUAUGUGAAUACAUUUCAGAGUGUGGCGGGUCUGGAGGAAAAGUUUCACAGAGAAAUGGGAAAAAUUAAUCAGAAUCUUUACGAUACACUGGACAAACUGGAAAAUCAAGAUAUGACCAGCAAAACAGGGAGCCAAGAGGUGAGGACAUCAACAGCCCAGAAGAGUGAAAGAACACAAGAUGCCAAUCACACUUUGAGCCCAGGAGGACCACCAGCCAUUCCCAAAUCGCCGUCUAAGCUAAGGCCUGCGGUUCCUCCUCCUCCUAAAGUGACUCCGUCAAAGGACCUGAAGCAGGAGAGCAUUAUCAAUCUGUUUGAUGAGGCCGCCACUCCAAACAUCAGUGUCACUUCACCAACAGAGUAUGAUGCUCCAGCCACUGGUAAUCUUCUGGAUAUGGAUCUGGACUCACUUCAAGCUGCCACCACACCAGCUGCACAGACGUGGGAUUCAUGGGAGCAAGCAGACAAGGAAGCUGAGGUGCCUCAGACAUGGGACGAUGAUGGUACCCAGCCUGUGCACUCAGGCUGGGGCGAUGAUGGUACUCAGGCUACCUGGGAUGAUGAUGGUAGCCAGCCUGUGCGUGCCCCGGCCGCAUACCCCACCUGGGAUGAUGCUGAUGAUGAUAAAGAAGAUGAUGGCUCUCAGCCUGUGCAGGCCAAUGACAAUGAUCCUACCCAGGAGGCCCAGGGGUGGGACGAUGAUGGGGCUCAGGCUGCAGAAACAACAGCGGUUACAGAAGAGGCAGCAGCAGCUGAACCUGUAAAUGAGACUGCGCAGGAGAGCGCCGAGAGCCCAGAGAGCGUAGAGAUGCCAGAAUCCUUCCUGUUUAAAGUAAAAGCUAUGCAUGACUACAAUGCCACUGACUCUGAUGAGCUGGAGCUGAAGGCAGGAGACUUGGUGCUGGUAGUCAAUUAUGAAAAUCCAGACGAUCAGGAUGACGGAUGGUUGAUGGGAGUCAAAGAGUCCGACUGGAUCCAGCUGAAAGAUCUUGGGAAAAAAGGGGUGUUUCCUGAAAACUUCACCCAGAGGAUGUGAGAGCCUGUGAUCAGUGUGACACUGCGGUCGUUACCCCAUCUAUAUAACUCCUUAUCGCUUCCCUUGAAAACACAGACUAGAGAAAAAAUAAACUGUACUACAUCAACAAACGCACAACCACAGCAAAUCUGCUGGUUAUGUUUGUGGAAGUUGUUGACAGGUUAGUCUAUUAUUUUGACUCUCUCACUGAGACUCGUAUUAGUUAUGGUGCAAGUAUGAGAAGAUUCAAUCAACCUUUGACAAAAAUAAGUGGGAUCCUAUUAAAGGCAUAAUUCACUAAAAAUUUAUAUUUUUAAUUUACUCACUUGCAGGGCAUUCCAGAUGUACUUGUUUUCUUGCAUAUAAGUACAUGGCUACUUGAGUUACUUCAGUCUUAUUAAACAACGUAUCAUCACUAGCAUUGGGUAUCAAAGGGGUAGUUCACUCAAAAAUGAAAAAAUAUCAUUAUUAAUUACUCAUGUAUUUCCGUUUAAGAUAUUUUUGAUGAAAUCCAAGAGCUAUUUUACACUGCAAGGACAAUAAGCCCACAAACCUUGUCAAAAUGCUCCAUGUGUCUUCAGCAAUGUUGAGUAAAGUUACUUUUAAACAACUCAGGCUCAUUCUGAAAACGCACCGCUAUAUAUAUUUCUGCACAGCACCAAAUAUGUCCCUGGAGGUAUGCUUUUUGCAGUUUUUGUUUUACCAAGUCCACCAGAGGGCGCUGUGUAUGCUUUUUGAGAUCUCAAAUUUGUCUCGCUAGUGCCAUUCGUGCCUGCUGUUCUCACGUAAAUCCGCCAGAGGCCACUGUCGACUGAAUGACUGACCCACCUUCCUCCUUCCCUAAACCCAACCGAUAGUGUUUUCAAAAGCACCAACUGACCAGCGUCCACCCACUUCCCUGAAUUCAACCGAUAGUUUUGAAAAGUAAUCCAGAAAAAGAAAAGCCCUCGCAGCAGUGUGAUUUUUACCACAUUUUCAGAUUUCACCACAUUCUCACACUGUUAUUUACUUGUUUUAUUUUUUGGAUUCUGUUUUUGUCUUACCUGCUUUCUGGAACCGUUCUUCACCAGACUCCUCUCUGCGUCCUCUCUACAUAUACGGCGAGCUACUGGACAAACUGGUAACUGUGGGAAAGCUUUCCAUGCGGAGGUAAACGUUCAGCUGGUAAGCGAGAAAAGGAACGGCGUCGUAAUGCCCCAUAGCAUUCGUUUAAAGAUGAAAUGUAGCCAUACAUACCUCUGGCUACAUAAUUCCCGAUCUCCAGAAAUGUAUAUAGAGGAACGUUUUCAGAAUGAGCCCAUGGUGCUUUUAAAAGUAAUAUAUUACAAUCUUGAGUCACUUUUCUAAAAAAAGUAAAUAAUUGUGGAACGUAUUUACUUUUUAAGGAAGGUAAUGCGAAAGUAUGUGUGAUGUUAUUUUUGCAUAUUUAUUUUAGGCUUAAGAUUGUGAUAUAUAUUGCUUUUAAAGUAACUUUACACAACACUGGUCUUCAGUGGUUCAACCGUAAUUGAAUGAAGUUUCAAUCAAAUUUGGCUUUUCUUAUUCAACUGUUUUGACAUGAUAUUUAGAGCACUGUGCAUUGAAUCCCUGUCAUAUUUUUAGCAGUAUUUUGUUUUGUUGAGUAGAUUCCUAAAAUUAUGGUUGAACUGUUUUGAGGAUGUUCUUGGGUUCUUUCUGAGCUUUGACCCUCCAAUGACAGCAAGGGUCCUGAAAUGUUCAAAGAACUCUUGGAUUAUAUCAAAAAUAUCUUAAUUUGCGUUACGAAGGGGGAUGAAAGUCAUACAGUUAUUGAACCACACAAUGGUGAGAAAAUGAUGACAGGUUUUUGGGGUGAAUUGUCUAUUUAAUUUUGUGCUGAUAGACUUGCAUUUUAUGAAUCACUAAAGAACCCAGUUCACUUACAUCAUGGGUGAUCUACAUGUAAGUAAAUGAACAGUUUUCGUUUUUAGGUGAACUAUUCCUUUAAACAUUUGUUCAGCAGCAUUUGGUUCUGGAAGUACUUUUCCCUUUUAUUUAUUUUUUCCAUAGGGAUUUUAAGAAAGUAUUAUGAGCCAUGAAGCAGCUAUGAAGAUAAUCACAACAUUACAAACAGAUUUGAAGAAUGAAAAUAUUUGAAAGUCAGGCUGAAACACAAGAGAGCUUUUAUGAUGGAAAUAAUUUAUUUGAAUCUAAUUGGUGAAACUUUCUGUACAGAAUCAUGGGUAAUGUAGUUUCUCACCAUGAAUUAUGUUGGUAAAACAUGAUCAUUUUUAAAAUAAGUUGAAAUAAUGCAAAUAGCUCACUAAAAUAUACAAUUAGCAUAUACCAUUAAUCAACAUUCUAAUGGCUCAAUAGAGAUCAGUUUUUGAUCUCUCAAAAAAUCUCUAUGGAGAAAAUGAAUAGAGUUUUUACUUCUCUAACCUGACUAUUGUGCUCUAUAGAGGCAGAUGUCCAAAGUCGUUGGUGUAAUUUUUUUUAGGUGAUCCACUCUUAACCAUUGUCCCGUUUUGUGUAGAAAUGUUUUAAAGUCAUAUGCCACACUAUUUAAAGUCGCAUCACUUAGAGAUGAGCUCACACAACAGUAAGAAACAGCUCUAUCAUCUGAUACUGAGCACUGUUUAAACUGCAUGAUUAUAGUUCCGUCACUGUUGGAAAUUGACAGUAUUUCCUUUUAAAUAGUGAACAAUUGAUACAUAAUCCUUCAGUAUACAGUCCAUUUUUCCCAGAAAUUAAAUUUGGCUUCCCAACACCACUCCUGCUUGGGAAAACCAGGAACUAACUAAAAAUAAAACUGACUAAUAUAGUUAAAGGAGUAUUAAAGGAGCUCAUUAACAAACUAAAAAAUAUGCACUAGUUUCACAGACAGAUAAUGUUGACAAUAAUAAGGCUGACAUAUUUAACCCAGAUUGUUGCUCAAGUUAGAUGUUAACAAACCUAUCUCCGAUCUUUAGAUUUACCGUAUACACAAUAUUAAUGACUUUUUUAUUAUUAUUAUUUUGAUAAUGCCAUUUCUACAACUAACAUGUGAUUGCAGUUAUACUUCACUGUGCAAACCCAGUCAUGUACACAUAAUUUGUCAUUAAGUCAAAUAAAAGUCUGGGGUUACAUUUAGUUAAUAACACACUCUAAAUGCAUAUGUAAGACUCCACAGUAUAUCUGCCUAGUCUAAAAACUGUGUUUCACAACCAAAAACAUGAGAAGUGAUAUAGGAGAUAUUUAUAUAGUGAGACUGGAGCCCUUAUUGAAAUCUUAUAUAUUUAAAUAUAUGCAAAUUAUAUAUGCGACAUAAAAGUUUUUAUGUUAUAUUCAUGCAUAAAUGUAAUAUAUACUUCAAAAUAUCACAAAAAUGGCCAAUACAAAUAAUAAAGUAACAAACAUCUGCACACAGUAUAUGUACAAAUAUAUUUGUUCAUAAAUGGUAAAAAAUGAUAGGUUCCACACCAACAAUUUGUGUUGGAUCAACAUGAAGGAAUUAAGUUAACUUAUUAGUUUUUUACAAAUUUA